AUUCCUUUCUCACUCAACCCUGUUCUCUUCUUCCAAACUCUCUCUCUCUCUCUCUCUCUCUCUCUCUCUCUCUCUCCUGCAUGCCUGGGGUUUGGGUUGGGUAGCGCGAGCAUACAAAUCAUGAACUACAGUGUCUCUCUAAUUUGGUUUAGGUUUUGAAUGCAAGCGAGACCUACCCGCGCCUUGGCCAACUUCCUAGCUGCUCAUCCAUAUUAAGCUCUCCUUUAUUUCAAAUUGGAAAGAAAAAUUAAUCACAGUUAAUUAAAAAAAAAAAAAAUCCCAUUUCCAACGGAGCGCUUCUUUGUUUCUCACGAUUAUCUUAUCUGUUUUGUAUCUAUUCAAUCAAACAUGGGGGAGAACCACCAACCCGAAGUUUUUGACGUCUCCAUAGACGUUCUUCCUCAAAGUGGCUCCAAAUGCUUUGACAAUGACGACGAUGGCCGUCUCAAACGAACAGGGACUGUUUGGACUGCAAGUGCUCACAUAAUAACAGCAGUGAUUGGAUCUGGGGUGCUAUCCUUAGCCUGGGCCAUAGCUCAGCUAGGUUGGAUUGCUGGCCCUGCUGUCAUGUUCUUGUUCUCCUUCUUCAGUUACUACACUUCAUCAUUGCUCGCAGAUUGUUACCGUGCCGGUGACCCUGUCUCCGGCAAGAGAAACUGUACUUACAUGGACGCAGUCCGGUCCAUUCUUGGUGGAGCUAAGGUCAAGGCAUGUGGGCUUAUUCAGUAUCUGAAUAUUUUUGGAAUUGCCAUUGGAUACACUAUAGCAGCAUCUAUAAGCAUGAUGGCGAUCAAGCGGUCUAAUUGCUUUCAUGAGACUGGAGGAGACAACCCAUGUCACAUGUCGAGCAAUCCAUACAUGAUAUUGUUUGGAGUAACAGAAAUCGUGUUUUCUCAAAUCCCGGACUUCGAUCAAAUAUGGUGGCUAUCAAUUGUUGCCUCUGUCAUGUCUUUUACUUACUCUUUAAUUGGUCUAGGACUUGGAAUUGCCAAAGUUGCAGAUACAGGAACUUUAAGGGGCCAUCUUACCGGAAUAAGCAUUAAUACCGUGACUCAAACCCAAAAGCUCUGGAGGAGUUUUCAGGCUCUAGGCAACAUAGCCUUUGCUUACUCAUUUUCUGUCAUCCUUAUUGAAAUUCAGGACACAAUCAAAUCCCCACCAUCAGAAGCAAGGACAAUGAAGAAGGCAACCGUACUUAGCGUUGGAGUAACGACCCUAUUUUACAUGCUAUGCGGCUGCAUGGGAUAUGCAGCUUUCGGUGACCUUGCACCUGGAAAUCUCCUCACUGGUUUUGGUUUCUACAAUCCAUUUUGGCUUCUUGAUAUUGCGAAUGCUGCCAUAGUAAUCCAUCUGGUGGGAGCAUAUCAAGUUUUUUGCCAACCUCUCUUUGCCUUCAUUGAGAAAAGAGCUCAACAAAAAUGGCCUGAAAGUGAAUUCAUCACCAAGGAAAUUGCAAUCCCCGUCCCUGGUUUUCAUCCAUAUAACCUAAACCCCUUUCGUUUGGUUUGGAGGACCAUUUUCGUGAUCUCGACCACCAUUAUAGCAAUGUUGCUUCCCUUCUUCAAUGAUGUUGUGGGAAUUCUUGGGGCACUUGGGUUUUGGCCUUUAACAGUGUAUUUUCCGGUGGAGAUGUAUAUUGCACAGAAGAAGAUACCAAAGUGGAGCAAUAGAUGGAUAUGUCUCCAAAUGUUGAGUAUCGCUUGCCUUACAAUAUCGAUUGCCGCGGCUGCCGGUUCAAUUGCCGGCGUCAUGCUUGACCUAAAGGGCAAGUCCUAGCUACAGGCCGCCAUACUAAAACAACUCAACCUGCAUAUAUAUAUAUAUAUAUAUAUGCUUCUGAUGAUCAUUUUCUGGCAGUCUUUUGGAUCAAUAUCUCAUCAAUAUUGAAUAAAAAGGGCAAAAAAAGAUGGAUCAUAUAUUUCAUCAGUUCCAUCUUAUGAAGGAAGCUGAUGAUGUUAAUGUUAGUGUUCAUGCAUGCAUGGGUGUGGUUAAAAGUACUACAAGUUUUAUCAAGUUGUUUUAAUUCAUCAUGUCAGUCUUUGAAAGGGGAGUUGAUGAUCUAUCUUCUUGAGAGAUACCCCCUCUAAACGAGAAGUAGUACCAGUACUGGAGAAGUCUGGAGUAUAGUACUUGGCUACUUGAAUUCAGUUAUAUGUAGCAGUAGCAGUACUGCAUGCAGCCGAUUGAGUUUUUUAAUGUGAAAUAUAGCUGCCAUAUUAUUAAUUGAUCAAAGAAAUUAUUAUCA